AUGGUCUUUGAGGUCUGGGAUACUCUUCUUCGGGAGUCUCGCAAUAUGCCAGGCUGCAUAAAUGUUGGAAUCAUCAAAGAAUUGUCCACAUCACCAGCCGGAAAUAUAGUUGUCGCACUCUGCACCGAUUUUAAAAUCUAUGUGUGGAGGAAUCUGACGUGGAGGAAUAUCCAGGGAUCUAUCGCGCAUGACCUGCGAAUUUUCUCCGUCCAGGAUGUGGCCCACUUAGGUCGGCUUACUCUCAAUGGCAUCCGCCUGAUAACAAUCGAUAAGCGGAGCGAGUUUGUCCCAUAUACUAGAAGCGAUUCACAACAUCAAGAGCCUGAUGCAGCACGGAUCGGGCGGUUUUCAGAUGGAACCUACGUUACUCGAACUCAAGCGCAGGUCCCAGGAGGGUUUGCUAGUAAAUAUACUAUCAUCGCAAACGGCGAGCAACGACAUGAAUUUUAUCACUGCAACGGUGCCAAUUGUAUAUGGCGCACAGAUUCUGACGCAGCCAUCGUCAUGGACGACACCUAUAUUGUCACCGCAGGUCAAGGAUUUGUCAAUUUCUGGUCCAAAGCCGGCAAGUUGGUCAGUACUCACCGACUAGGAGCAAAAUAUAAGGAGUGGCGCGGCAUUGCACUAGCAGGUAAACAUACUGUGAUCGCUUUUGAUGACACAUUGACAGAAGCCACUGUGUGGGACUUUCCUAGCUGA